GGGAUUAUGUUGAACACCGCAAGGACGUCAUGUCACCUCCUGCUGCCGCGUGACGUCACGAUAUACCAGGAAGAUGCUGCUCUGCGCUCGCGCUCGCUGAGAUCCGAGCUCACGCUUGCUCUGACGCUUCUACUGCAGAAUUGAUCUGAUGGAGCAAAGGCACUCAGCACAGCUCUGUAGAAGGAAACAAUGCGACCAGUAUGCAAACAGCAUGGAUCGUACUGGAAAUUUGACACAGCACCAGAGAACACACACAGGAGAGAAACCCUUCAAGUGCAGUGUGUGCGGGAAUGCGUUUGCAAAGUCAUCAUAUCUUCAGAGCCACCAGAGAACGCACACAGGAGAGAAACCCUUCAAGUGCGGUGUGUGCGGGAAUGCGUUUGCACAGUCAUCAUAUCUUCAGAGCCACCAGAGAACACACACGGGAGAGAAACCAUUCAGGUGCCCUCUGUGUGGGAAGGCAUUUGCACAGUCAAAAGAUCUUCAGAGCCACAAGAGAACACACACGGGAGAGAAACCCUUCAAAUGCAGUGUGUGUGAGAAAGCAUUUUCACAGUCAUCAAAUCUUAGAAAACACCAGAAAACACACUCAGGAGAGAAACCUUUCAAGUGCACUGUGUGUGAGAAGGCAUUUACAGAUUCAUCAGUUCUCAAAAAACACCAGAGAACGCACACAGGAGAGAAACCCUUCAAGUGCAGUGUGUGUGGGAAGGCAUUUUCAAGUUCAUUUUAUAUUAAAAUACACCAGAGAACACACACGGGGGAGAAACCCUUCAGGUGCACUCUGUGCGGGAAGGCCUUUGCACAGUCAUCACAUCUUCAAAAGCACCAGAGAACACACACAGGAAAGAAACCCUUCAAGUGCACUGUGUGUGAGAAGGCGUUUGGAUGGUCAUCAAAACUUAAAAGACACCAGAGAACACACACAGGAGAGAAACCUUUCCAGUGCACUGUGUGUGAAAAGGCAUUUGCACAGUCAUCAUAUCUUACAAUACACCAGACAACACACAUGGCAGAUAAACCCUUCAGGUGCACUUUGUGCUCGAAAGCGUUUGCACAUUCGUCACAUCUUAAAAUACACCAGAGAACGCACACAGGAGAGAAAUCCUUCAAGUGCAGUGUGUGCGGGAAGGCAUUUGCAAAGUCAUCAUAUCUUAAGAGCCACCAGAGAACACACACGGAAGAGAAACCCUUCAAGUGCCCUCUGUGCGGGAAGGCAUUUGCACAGUCAAAAGAUCUUCAGAGCCACCAGAGAACGCACACAGGAGAGAAACCCUUCAAGUGCACUGUGUGUGAGAAAGCAUUUGGAUGGUCAUCAAAACUGAAAAGACACCAGAGAACACACACAGGAGAGAAACCUUUCAAGUGCAAUGUGUGUGAGAAGGCAUUUGCACAGUCAUCAUAUCUUACAAUACACCAGACAACACACAUAGGAGAUAAACCCUUCAGGUGCACUUUGUGCUCAAAAGUGUUUGCACAUUCAUCACAUCUUAAAAUACACCAGAGUACGCACACAGGAGAGAAACCCUUCAAGUGCAGUGUGUGCGGGAAUGCGUUUGCAAAGUCAUCAUAUCUUAAGAGCCACCAGAGAACACACACGGGAGAGAAACCUUUCAGGUGUCCUGUGUGUGGGAAGGCAUUUGCACAGUCAAAAGAUCUUCAGAGCCACCAGAGAACACACACGGGAGAGAAACCCUUCAAAUGCAGUGUGUGUGAGAAGGCAUUUUCACAGUCAUCUAAUCUUAGAAAACACCAGAAAACACACACAGGAGAGAAACCUUUCAAGUGCACUGCGUGUGAGAAGGCAUUUACGGAUUCAUCACUUCUUAAAAAACACCAGAGAACGCACACAGGAGAGAAACCCUUCAAGUGCAGUGUGUGUGGGAAGGCAUUUUCAAGUUCAUUUUACAUUAAAAUACACCAGAGAACACACACAGGAGAGAAACCGUUCAAGUGCACUGUGUGCAGGAAGGUGUUUUCACGGUCAUCGAUUCUUCAAAAGCACCAGAGAACACACAGGCAUCAGAAGGUCCCCAAGGAGUGCAGUCUGAAAUCGGCUUGUAAAAGUCAAAGUGCUGCAAUGAGCCAAUCCCUCCUGAAACAAGAACCAGAAGAAAAUCCCAGCUUGGACACUGUAAAAAGUGUCAAGGUGAUAUUUGAAGCGGCAAAGGUGAAAUGUGAAGAGGCGACAUUGAAGAGCGAAGAAGUGAAGGUAAAAUGUGAAUAUGAAGAUUCAAUUCCAAAAUCAGACCUUCACGUCGAUGGAGGCAACGUGAAGCAGGAGGAGAAUUCUGACUCUGAUGCAGAGCGAGGCAACUCCCAGCAGUUUGUAGAAGUGGAGGUGUGGGUGGACUUCUUAAAUGAUAGAAAGUUAAAUGGAGACCCGGUAGAUGUGUAAGCUUGAGACGAUGAUUUCCCAAUACAUUCACCUUUGUAACACGCCUUUCAUUAAAGAAUGUGAAGUUGAAUACUAAUUCCUAGGUUCAACCUGCAGAGUAAGAGCGGCCAGUAUUUGCGGACCUGUGGGUUGGGUAGAUCUCUAACCAGGAGCGAGAGCCAAGCAUUCACUAUGUUAUAAUA